CAACAGAGGCUCGCGCUCGCGAGAGCCGACCGGGGCCGCGGCCAAAGAGCUGGCUGUAAUCCCGCCUCCCGCCAGCCAUGGCCCACUUGCGCUCGCCUAGCGGCUUCGGAGACCCGGGGAAGAAGGACCAGAAGGAGUCAGAGGAGGAGUUAGAGGAGGAGGAGGAGGAAGAGGUGGAGGUGGAGGAGGAGGAGGAGGAAGAGGUGGAGGAGGAGGAGGAGGAGGAAGAGGUGGAGGAGGAGGUGGUGGAGGAGGAGUUGGUGGGGGAAGAGCAGGAGUUGGAGGCCCCUGAGACGUUCAGCGAAGAGUACCUCUGGAAGGUCACGGACAUCGGUGACUACGACGACGACUUCCUAGACGUGCGCCCCCGCUUAGCCAGCAUCGUCAGCCCUAGCCUGACCUCUACGUUCGUGCCCAGCCAGAGCGCGACCAGCACUGAAACGCCGAGCGCAAGCCCACCCUCCAGCACCUCCUCGCAUAAAAGUUUCCCUAAAAUAUUUCAGACAUUUAGGAAAGACAUGUCUGAAAUGAGUAUAGAUAGAAAUAUUCAUCGCAAUUUGUCUCCAGGAAUUCCAGUAUCAGUACAAACAGAAGAAAGUUGGCUCCAAGAUUUGUCUGAUAAAGUGCAAUCGAGGAAGAAAGCCUCUAAAGAGAAAGCUGAACCUGAAUGUCUGGCAUCUAAGUUAAGAGAAAAAUGGGUAAUUAAUCCAGAAGAGUCGAAACUAAAUAUUUUAUAUGAGCUGGAGUUUAAGGAAGACUUCAUAACACUGUUCGAGCCUUCUCUAAGAACGUUACCCAGCAUCGGACCACCAUCCAUUCUGGCAUACAAAGAAGAGAGCUCCAAUUUAGGCAUUAACUUCAAGGAUGAAGAGGAGGAGACAUCACCCAAAUGUGAAUUUUGUGGCAGCGAUCUAAGAGCAUUUUUUUCUAAUGUGGAUGUUUCCUCUGAACCAAAAGGGCAUGCCUCCUGUUGUAUUGCUUUCCAAAAUCUGAUUGACUAUAUCUAUGAGGAGCAAAUAAAAACCAAACCCCCUAAACCUGAAUUAAUUGCUAUUGACCCUCAUGCAGCCCAUGGCAGUGAGAUCGACAGACUCAAGGCAAAAGAAAAAGCCCUGCAAAGGAAACAGGAGCAACGAAUGGCCAGACAUUUUGCAAUAAUAUCAAGGGAACAGACUCAUUUCUCUGAAGAUGAUUCAAAGCGCUUAAAAACAAUUUCUUAUCAACUUUCUGUGGAUAUUCCAGAAAAACAGAUAAUUGAUGACAUUGUAUUUGAUUUUCAACUAAGAAACAGUAACAUGUCUAUCAUUUGUUGUGAUUCUCGGAUAGCAUGUGGAAAGGUUGUCAAGAAUGAGCUCUUAGAGAAGCACUACAAACAUGGGAGCAAGUUUCUGACUUCAUUUCCAGAUGGGACAACACAAAUAUUCUAUCCAUCUGGAAACCUAGCCAUCAUUCGAGUGCCCAACAAGGUAAAUGGUUUUACUUGUAUAGUCCAAGAAGAUAUGCCCACUAACCCUGCUAUCCUAGCAGUGCUGGAUUCCUCUGGCAGAAGUUCCUGCUAUCAUCCCAAUGGAAAUGUCUGGGUAUACAUCAAUAUCUUGGGAGGUCAAUAUUCAGAUCAAGCCGGCAACAGAAUAAGGGCUUGGAAUUGGUCAAAUUCCAUCACUUCCUCACCCUUUGUUUCAUUUAAACCUGUCUUUCUGGCUUUGAACCGUUAUAUUGGAGUCCGCAUCUUAGAACAAGACAAGAUUUCUAUAACUUUUCUAGCAAUGGGCCAACAGGCAAGAAUCAGUGUUGGAACCAAAGUGAAGGUAGAUCUCCUAUGAACUUGAGACUUGCAAGUCUCUGAUUCCAAUUCAACAUACCCAUCUGGAUUUCUAAGAGGGCAUUAAAAAAAACACAGGCCAGGCGCGGUGGCUUAUGCCUGUAAUCCCAGCACUCUGGGAGGCUGUGACGGGAGCAUUACUUGAGCCCAGGAGUGUGAGACCAGCUUGGGCAACAUAGUGAGACCCGAUCUCUAUGAAAGUCGUUUUUUAAAUUCUCCAGACAUGGUGGCGCAUGCCUGUGGUCUCAGCUAUCUGGGAGGCUGAGGUGAAAGGAUAACUUGAGCCCACCAUUGGCGGGGUGGGAGGCAGGGGGUUCAAGGCUGCAUGAGCCGUGAUUGUGCUGCUGCACUCCAGCCUGGGCAACAGAGCAAGACCCUGUUAGGAAAAAAAGAAAAAACUUAACACAGCAGAACUUGAUUUCAACACUUGAUCCAGUCUCAGUCCUCUCCAUCUCAGAAAAUGGCAACUACAUUCUUUCACUUAUUCAGGACAAAAACUCGGGAGUAGUUUCACAACUCUAAACGCUGUUUCACAGUCCCAUACCAACUCAUCUGUAAACUCUACCUCCAAAAUACCUCCAGAGUCUCACACUUCUCACAUUUUCCAGUGCUAUCAUUCUUGUCUGCCUCUUUACCUGAUCCAUCUCUUGCUUGAUUAUUGCAAUAGCCUCCUAAUAAGUCUCCCUGCUUCUGGCCUUCCCAAAGUCUAUUCUAACACAAUACUUAGAAUGAUACUUUGAAAACGUAAGUCUGGUCAGAACUCUCCAGGGGCUUCUAAUUUUACUCGAGUAAAAGCCAAGGCCCUAUAAAGACUUGCAAUGCUGUACACAAUCUGGACCUCUUUCUUUGAAUAGUCUCUCUGUAUUACCUUAUCUCACUCACUCUGUUCCAGCCAUACUGGCCUUUUUGCUAUUCCUUGAAAAUAUCAGGCAUGUUCCUGUCACAGGGUCUUUGCAUUUGCUAACCCCUCAACCUAAAAUGUUUUAUCCCCAUUUAGCAUGUGGCUGUUCCCUCACUUCCUUCAGGUUUCUGCACAGCGUCCUUUUCUGAGCAAUCCAUCAAAACCAGCUACACCCACCCCGACCUUCUCCCUAGCACUCUGAGUGCCUCGUUGGUCAUUUGCCACACUUUUUAAUAUAUAGUGCUGUCAUUGUCUUUCACUUCUAAAUAAUUUAGAAUAUCUAUUUUGACUUCAAUGCAGUAGUCACUGAAUUUUCAAAUAGAUAGAUUUACCCCUUUCUUGUUAAUUUCAAAAUGGUGAGGAAAUAUGACUUGCAGUUUUUUCCUUCCUGUUUAGAAUAUAUUGAUAUUUUCUUUGUGGUUGGUUACAUAAUUUUUAUAAGUGUUCCAUGUAUAUUUAACCAAAAAAGUUGUACAGUUUAUUGGUACAAAAUUCUAUGUCCAGUUGUUCUAGUCACACCUCCCUCUCUAUCCUUUUAUUUUUGUGUCAUUGGGUUUACUUCUGAGAAAUGUAUGAAAGUUUCCCAAAAUGGUUGUGAAUUUGUUCAUUGUUCCUAGUAUUUCAAUCAACUUUUGCUGUAUAUAUUUUGAAGCUCUGUGAUCAGGAAAUUAAAGAUGCUGACUCUCUU